AAGGCUGCGUUUUGAAAUGAAGAAGAAAACUUCUGAAAAAACGCGCCAUGUAGUAGCAUGGUUGAACAAAGCGGAAUGGGACCAAGUACUGGACUAUCUGUACUCCAAAGACCCAGCUUUACAAAAACACGCACUGCACCGCAUCUCCGCGUGGAAAGGAAGGUUCGGUCAUAACACGCCAGUCGCUGUGGGAAGCACGGCGGACCUCGUGCGUUGCCAGGUGCUGGACAGUUCAGGUCAGGUGGAUGGAGAAGCGUUAGUGCUGCUCUAUGGAAUGGCUUUAGUCCGGUUCGUGAAUCUGAUCACUGAGCGGCAGCAGAAAGGAGUGGCACGCCCACUGCGACGACUGGCCAGUAAGAUGAACAUUCCGGAAUGGAUCGUAAAUCUCAGACAUGACUUGACCCAUCACAGACUCCCUCCACUGAAAUGGUGUCGAAAAGGCUGCAGCUUUGUACUGGACUGGUUACAACAGGAGUACUGGUCCAGACAGCUGGGCAGCAGACUGGCCGAAGACUGGGAUUCAGCUGAAGAGGAAGAGGAUGAGCAGGAGUGGAGCAAGAGACAGGAGGAAGAACUGGCCCUCAGACAGAAAGAGAGAGAGGGAUACAAGAGAGCCAGGGAGCUGCUCAUCUCGUACGAACGAGAACAGUUUCAGACGUAUGAGGAGUUAAUGGAGAGCGGGAGCCAGGGCCUGUGGCCUGAGCCCAGUGCUGACCUCAGCUGGAUCCUCGCACAGAUCACACACUUCAACACAGAGUCCAGAGAGAUCUUAAUCGAUGCAUUAGUGCAGGAUGGAUUCCUCAUUCCAACAGUGGACCAACUUGAGUCACUGGGCAUUGACACCUCAGAGGGCGCUGUUGACCCUUUGACCCCAUCUUUGCCUCGUGUCUUUUUGCGGUUCUGGCUGCCUCUGCUGAGAGUUCUGAACUCGCCGUCCUUCAUAGGUCACCUCCUGGACAAACUAUUGGCUGAGCUUGCCACUGAACCAGCCAAUCACAGAAGCUUUUACAUCACGGCCUGGAUAUCCGAGAUUUUACUCUGCAACAGCAACCGCCAGAGGAAGAUGAAGAGGAAGGAUAAGAUUUUCUCCAACAGACAACAGUUCAGAUGGCAGCAUCUCAUCUCUGCAUGUGUGAAUGCACCCUGCUCCGCUACACCCUACCUACUACAACAGAUUUUGAGCGACAUGGAUGAGCCCCUCCCCUCAGACACACAGGAGAACUUGCUGCGUCUCUGCAGCAUCUACACACAGACAGGAAACCAUGGUAACCAUUCCCCGGGAAACCCAGACCCCACCCAGCCAGUCUAUACGCUGCAAAGUUUACAGGAACGCCUGAGAGGCGGGGCCACACCACACAAACAUGCUCCGCCCACAGAGGACCUGCACGAGCACCUGAGUCCUGAGGUUCUACAGGAGAGAAACUCCGCCCUGCGUGGGUCUGCCUGGCAAGUGUGCACAGACAGGGUCCCGUGGAAACUGUACCCACUGGGCAAAGUUCCUGGCCAAUCAGAGGACCCAUCCUGUCUGAUGCUUGAGACAUACACAACCUUUACCAUAUUUGACCAGCAGGUGGAGCUAGACAAGCUUCCUCAACAUCAUGGCAACCCCAGUGGACUGGUUCAGCCCAAAACAGCUGCAGACGGACCGCUCUGGACACACAGCGAUAUCAGCAAACUCAAGGCUGGCCUGCAACUGUUCUGACACCACACACACACACACACACUCAGAACCGGAAACUCAAAGUUGAGCCCAUGCUGUUGUAGGCCAGAGUUAAUGUACAUCCACAGGUGGCAGUGUGGACUGAGCUGGACUUCAGGACUCUUAGACUUGAGUGGAACUAUUCACAUGUUGCCUCUAAUCCAAAGUUGUUGUUUUUGUGUUGUUGUUGUUUUUUUUAAAGACCAGUUGAAAUAGGUACGGAGAGAGAGACACCGUAAACAUCGUUUAUCUGUGUAUGACAACGGAGGCAUCUGUC